AUGUACACAGAGCAGCCCGCGGGGACAGCCGGGCCUCCCCGUGGUCUCCCGAGCACCGGGGGUUGCUUCGAGGCCUGCGGGGCGGCUCGACGCCCGCGGCAGGAGCAGCGCGGGGAGAAGCCAGGCGCCUCGAGCACCGCACGCACCCGUCACAGCCACGCCGCGGGGCGGGGACCCCUCUGCCUGCGCUGCGGGGACCGGCAGCGACCUGGGGGGGCAGCAGCCACCAGCCCUCGGCCCCGGCGCUGCCCCUGCUGCCACCCCUCGCGUUGGAUCCCGCGUUGGUCCCGUGGCUGCUGCUCCCGGGUCCUCGCCUGCUCCAGCCCUUCCCCGCCACGGCGCUGGGAGCGCCGUCCUGUCCCGGCAGCCCCCCCGCGGGGUCCUGCUCCCCCUGCCCCUUCCACAUCCCCGCUCUGUUGCUGCGCUUGCUGGAAGGUGCCGGAAGGUGCUGGGGCGCUGCGGCCCCUCGUGCUGCCCUGCCCUGCGGGCGGGGGAAGAGCUCUGCCCCCUCGCCUGCCUCCGUCCUGGCCCGAAUCCGACAGCAAAGCGAAGAGCGGGGCCGCGGAGCGAGCGUGGGGAGGGAUGGACACGGGGGGGGGGGGGGGGGGACAAGGGAGGCCAUGCAGUGCCACACAGCAACCCCGAGCGGCGCAGAGGGAGAGGAGGGAGGAGGAGGAGGAGGAGGAGGAGGAGGAGGAGGAGGAGGAGCAGAGGAGGAGAAGGCCCCUUCCCCCCGGCACAGCCCUGGGCCUGGUGCACCAUCCUCAGCACCCGCGGGGCGGCCUCAGCUCCCAGCAGCUGCCCCCCAGGGGGGAGCAGGGGGCUGGCGGGCAAGCUCGGAGCCCCUCGCCCUCGGCUUCAGCCUCAGCCUCCUCCUCCUCCCGGCGGGCAGGAGCCCUCCUGCAGCGCCGGGCGAGGAGGGGACGGGGAGGGACGCUGCGGGGACGGCAAAGCUCAGCUCUGUGCCCCCCCCCGGCUGCUGCAGCGGGGCAGGGCUGGGGCGCAGGAGCGGAGCACGCCGCAGGCCGGAGCCCAGACCCUCGCUCUGGCUGGGGAACCUUACCUUAGUGACACAUCUACACACAUGCACGCACUCACACA